AACGAAUCGGAGCAGCCACUGACCUACUGGCCUAUUGAUUUUCAUACAACUUUCCUGAAGCAGACGACACACAUCUCAAACACUUUCGGAACCAGAUAUUCUCAUCCAGAUUGAAUGCCGUGCCAAUUUCACAACUAGCGGGGAAGAUGAGUAGGGACAGGGGGCAAAUCGGUCCAAAUGGGUCUGUGGAAUGCAACAAUCGGAGCUCGAGAAGCAUCCAGGUAGCACGUUGUCCGCCACAGGGUGUCGAUUUGGUUAGCACUCCGGAGCAUCUUCGUCCUGGAUUUCGUGGACGGGCACGGCGAUACAACCCCAACGAUUUCGGUUUGACGGGCAAUGAGGAAUGGCGCCAUCCAAGGAUGUUUAGAGAUAUGACCUAUGAGACGGAUGCGGCGGCCAUGGAAACUUUUCGCCAGGCUCAACCACGUCGUCAAGCGUAUGAAACGGGGCUUAACCUGAGCAAUCUGCCAGAGGAGUGCCUGGCGGAUAUGUCGGCACCUGGAUUUGAUCUUAGCCUGCCAUCGCAGAUGUCCGAUUUGCGAGAAGAGUUUCUGGCCGAUGUUUCGGCUCCGGAUAUGUGCGAUGUCUCUGAAUGCCAUGCGAAUGAUGUUUAUGAUGAAAUUCUGAAUCGCUUUAGGAGGAUUCGAGAACGCAUGAAGCGUUCCAGUCAACUCCGCGGAUUGGAUGAUUGCGCAAUGAAACAACAUCAAACGCAUCGCAGAAUAUACACCCGCCGCGACCCAAGUGGCCAUAUAACAAGUCACGUGGAUGAGACGACCAUUUCAAAUGCACCCUCGAUGGAUUGCACACAGGCUAAUGAUGGCGGUGAGCCUGGACGCCAUCUGAAUUUCUCUCUACCAAGCCGUUGUGAAAACCUAAUGGAUCAAUCAAUGCCCUCGUAUCAUGAAGCAUCGAUGCCAAAUGAAUGCUUUGAGGUCAUGUCGUCUCAGGACGUUUUGGAGGACGAGACCAUGCCAUCGUUUGACAAUAGUUAUGCAUUUUCGCGACGACAGCCGACAAUGCCAAGCGAAUGCCUGGAGGAUGUAAGCCAGCCAUCUUUCGAAAGGAGUAGAUCUCGUAGACAGAGUCCCAGACGGCAAUUGACGAUGCCUUCGCAGAACCUUUGGGACAUAUCAGCGCCAUCUUUUGGCGAUACAACCAGGGAUCGAAGUACCAACGAGUGUCUGAAUGAUAUAUCAAUGCCGGCAUUUGAAGAGGUUUCCAAUGUAUCCAGAAGCAGAAGUCCGCGACGGAGGAAGAUAUCCAGGAGUGCGCGUAAUACAACUGAUAAAGUCAGCUCCAGACGACAGGCAAGUGAAUGCCUCGAUGACAUGACCAUGCCAUCGUUUGGAAGAUCAUUGAGUGCGUCACCGAACCGAAGCCGUCGCCAAACGCAAAAAUUGAUGACAAGGUCAAAUAUUAACGAUAUAUCCGAGCCCACAUAUGUCAGCAUAUCAAGGGGACCGGGACCAAUAGCAAACGAAUGCCUAGAUGAAAUUACUAUGCCUUCUUUUGGGGUACCAUCGAAUGUUUCCAGGGGAAGAAUGUAUCGUGGACAAACAAUGCCCAGCGAAUGUUUGGAGGACAUGACAAUGCCAUCUUUUGGACGCAUUUCAAGAGGCAAAAGUCCAGAUCGAUAUACAUCCAGAAUGACAAGCGAGUGCUUGGAUGAUAUGACCAAGCCAUCCUUUGGUGGAGUUUCAGGAUCAACCAGAAGGCAGUUAACGCGUUCCAACGCGUGUCUGCAUGAUUUAAGUGCACCAUCUUUUGCGAGGAGCAGUUCUCAAAGAUCAAGCUGCCGGCAGAGAACCAAUAUCAACGAUAUAUCGGCCCCUUCGUUUGCAAACUCAACCAAAUGUGGAGAUACAAAUGAAUGCCUGGAUGAUGUGUCAAUGCCAUCUUGCGGAGGAAUAUCGGAAACAUCGAAAAUAAAACGAUCAAGACGGCAGCAGUUAACAAUGCCAUCGCAAAAUAUUGGAGAUAUAUCUGCUCCAUCAUUCGCAAGUUCGGGUAGAGGUAGUAUGACCAAUGAGUGCUUAGAGGACAUAUCGAUGCCACCUUUUCGAGAUGUGUCUACCAAAUCCAGGAGCAGAAGUCUAGACGGCCGACAAAGUAAACGGCAUCGUUCGAUGACCAACGAGUGUUUGGAUGAUAUGACCAUGCCUUCAAUGCCUGGAGUAUCUGCUGCGUCCAGAAGACAAAUGACCCUGACAAGUGAGUGCCUGGACGAUGUUAGUGCCCCAUCCUUUGAUCGAAGCGUCUCCCGAGGCUCCAGCAGAAGACAAGGAAGACUGUCAUCGCCGAAACCAUGUGCGAGUUCCACCAGAUGUCGACCGACAAAUGAGUGCUUGGAUGAUAUAACCAUGCCUUCGUUGGCCUCCGCUCAGAGGCAGAUGACCAUGCCUAGUGAGUGCCUGGAGGACAUGAGUGCACCGUCCUUUGCAGGUGUUUCUGGUCCAUCUAGAAGACAAGCAACUGGCCUACCCAGCGAGUGCCUUGACGACAUGAGCAUGCCCAACUUCGGCAAUAUUUCUGGAAUAUCGCGAAGAGGUGAAUGUGAGCCAGCAUUUGAAAAAAGUAAAUCGGUUGGAUCGAGUGUCCGAGGUAGACGCACCAUAGGCAAAUCUCAUUCCUCCACUGAAUGUCUAGCGGAUGUGACAAUGCCAUCAUUUGGUGGGAAUUCAUAUGCUUCUAGGGGUAAGAGUACCUCACGAAGUCAGAAAUCCAUGAUACCUGUUAGGGACUUAUCCGAAAUGCGGACUGAUGAAUGUCUGGAAGAUGUAACGAUGCCUUUUGUUGGAGAUUUAUCGGGUAGAUCCAGAGCCAGUAGUCCGCGGCAAAGAUCGACGACUCCUAGAAGAGGGCAGUUUACAAGCGAGUGCUUGGAAGAUCAAACAAUGCCAUCGUUUGGAGGUGUUUCACAAUCUUCAGGUCGUAGGACUCCCAGACGACAUACUAAGAAUAUUAGUAAUAAUACUAAUGAAUGUAUUGAGAAUAUAUCAAUGCCUUCGUACGUUAACAAUACGAGAGCCUCCAACGCAGAAACCUUUAAAUCAAUGCAAGGAUCAUGCUUGGAUGAAGUUACCAUGCCAUCCUAUGGCACUUCAAGUCGAUUUACAACUACAAAUGAAUGUCUCGAGGACAUUUCCAUGCCUUCAUAUCGCGAUAAUACCGGAUCGCUUAGGCAAAGAUGUCCUACACCAAUUCAGAGCUCCAGACAAGAAUGUCUGGAUGAUAUGACUAUGCCAUCUUUUGGAAGUACACUGCCAACUUUAAGAGAAACUCCACGCUCAACUAGGCGACAUGGUCCUAGGCCAAUCCAGAGCUUGAGGCAAAGAACGUUAACCAAUGAAUGCUUGGAUGAUAUGACUAUGCCAUCAUUUGGAAGAUCUUACGGAGGACCUGUUACUAAUGAAUGUCUUGAGGAUAUAUCGAUGCCUCCAUGUGGUGAAAAUACAGGAUCGUCUAGAGGAUGUAGCCCUAUGCCUCUAGAAAGUACGAGACGGGGAGCAUCGAUGAUGCAAAGAUCCAGACUUGGGGCGAUGACUAACGAGCGGCUGGAUGACAUGACGAUGCCUUCAUAUGGAACGAAUUCAGGAAUGUCUAAAAGAAGGUGCCCCACACUAUCGAGAAGAAAGAAUCAGAGUGGUGCCACAGAGUGCUUGGAUGACAUGACCAUGCCAUCGUUUGGUGAUCCAAGUCAUGGAAUUGGAUUUAGUGAAUGUCCUGAGUCCUUCAGAUUGAUUACAGAAAGGAGGCCACAGCAAAUCCAAAUAUUUCAAGGACCGAUGACCAACGAAAACUUGGAUAAUAUAACUAUGCCAUCAUUUGGAAGAUCUUGCCAAGGACUUGUUACUACAGAAUGUCUUGAGGAUAUAUCGAUGCCUCCAUGUGGUGAAAAUACAGGAUCGUCUAGAGGAUAUAGCCCUAUGCCUCUAGAAAGUACGAGACGGGGAGCAUCGAUGGUGCAAAGAUCCAGACAUGGGGCGAUGACUAACGAGCGGCUGGAUGACAUGACGAUGCCUUCCUUAGGUAGUUCAGGACAUGGUCAAGCUACUAGUGAAUGCCUUGAAGAUAUUUCAAUGCCUUCAUAUGGAACGAAUUCAGGAAUGUCUAAAAGAAGGUGCCCCACACCACCGAAAGGAAAGAAUCAGAAUGGUGCCACAGAGUGCUUGGAUGACAUGACAAUGCCAUCGUUUGGUGAUCCAAGUCAUGGAAGCCCACAGCAAAUCCAAAUAUGUCAAGAAGCGAUGACCAACGAAAACUUGGAUAAUAUGACUAUGCCAUCGUUUGGUACUUUAGGUCAGAGUCAAGCUGCAAAUGAAUGCCUUGAGGAUAUUUCAAUGCCAUCACAUAUAAGGAAUACUAGCUCAAUACCAGGAAGAAGCACCACGCCAAGGACGCUGUAUAGAAAUGAAGUGAGCACUAACGAAUGUCUAGAUGACCAGACAAUGCCAUCAUAUGGAAAAGUAUUCAGUACACCCAAAAGGCAAAUGACUUUGCCAAGUGAGUGCCUGAACGACGUGAGUCAGCCGUCCUUCGCAAGAAGUGCGUCUGAGGAAACCAAUCGAAGACAUGGGAACUUGACGUCCCAAUGCAUAGACUCGCGAAACCCCAGGCCAAAUCAAAGGUCGAUGACAAAUGAGUGCCUGGAGGAUAUGACAAUGCCAACGCUUGUCGAAAAUUCCGGGUCAUCUCGACACGGGUUAUUGAACAGCUUUCGCUUGGAGGACAUCAGCAUGCCCUCUGGAGUCUCAAAUCGAACCCAGGGCAGUGAAUGCGUUGAGGUUAAGGUGAGCGGAGCGCGUGGAGGACCUACGACCAACGAAUGCCUCGAGGAUGUGAGUGCACCCAGUUUUGCUACAAGCUCUCGCAUGACCUCAAGACAUAUGCCCGAGAUGACAAACGAGUGUUUGGAGGAUGUUUCUAUGCCGCUAAAUGAAUCAUUAGCUAUGAAUGAUUCUAAACCAAUAGCCCGACGUCCGCCCGACAUUUCGUAUCCCUCGGAAAUGUUGGCCAACGAGAGUGCUCCUUCGUAUCAUUCACGGCAGGAUAAAGCUGAUAAAUCUGCUAAUUGCCUUUCUAAGUCUCCGCAGCAAACCGCCAGAACUCGAGCUCGGGAAAAUUGUAGUGGCGCUCGAUUGGAGGAUGUGACAAUGCCUACAUUUGAGGACGUAUCCUAUCAACCACGUCGCCAUCAAUUGACUAUGCCCACCGAAAAUUUGGAAGAUCAGACUCAACCGGAUUUCUUUAACUCCACGGCUUUGCCAAGUUCUACUAGAACGGAGAAGCACAAUGCAAUAAAAUCCCCUCGACAGGGGCAGAUAAGCAUCUGUAAACAGCUUGCCGAUGAGAGUGCUCCAACUAUACUGAAGGACACCACACAGGGACCCACGGAAGUGGUGAAUAAAGUGAUUGUCCAUAGCUCGACAACUUCAGUGACCAGGGUUCUUCGGAAUACGUCAGAAACCUCUAAUAACUCCGGGCAUCCUAGGAUAGAUGACCUUUCAAUGCCACAGUUUGAGUCCACGGGUGUUAGCUCUCAACAGGAUACCUCCCUGCAUGGCUUUCAAUCCAUGGAUAACUAUAGACCAUUCGAUGAAUUGAUUUAUAGCCAGAAUUCGGUAGCUAAUGAAACUCAGCCCGAGACUCCUCAAGCAACUCCUCAACCAACGAGGUCUCCAAAUCGCAGUCGAAGUAUUCGAAAAGUACCAAGCACACCAAGAACACCAAGAACACCAAGACCACCAAAAACACCAAGUACACCAAAUAUUCGAGGAGCCACUUCCCCCAGUUCUAGUACCAGAACUCCAGGACAUCCAUGCGAUAUGAGUAGCACCAAUUACCGCAACGGCAAGUCCCAAUGCUACAACCGAAAACCCUGCUAGAAGGGUAAUAUUUAACGAAUAUUUUUUAUGUAAAUUGGUUUUAAUACGGCCUGGAGGUAAAUUUUAUAAAUUUUAUACAGGGAAAGAAAAAAAUGAAAACUUCAAACGAAAACGUUA